UCAUUCCCCCGCAAUUAUAAAAUUCUAAUAUUAAUUUAGUUAAUUAAUUAAUUGAUUUAGUAAUUCGAAAUAAUUAGUUCAAGUAUUUUUGCGCGAGAGUUACAUCUCUCACUUGUUUGAUACGCCAGUUAUAAUGAGUUUUGAGACAUUUGUCGUGGAUUUCAUUACGAUAAUUUGAUGGAUAGACUUGAGGAACGAUCAACGAGUCAUUUAGAAAUCAUUGAAUCCCACAAGACGAUGAUCGAGAGGGACUCGAGCGAAAUAUCUGGAAAUUGGAGAGCAAUUACAAUAUUUCUGCAUUUUGUCUGUGCAAUCUCCGGAUACGCGUCGUCGACGUUAUUCUACAUUUUCUGGCACGAUAUUUUUGGACUGAAUUGUCCCAUCUGGGCGAGACUGGAGCCUCCAAUUCAUAUCAGAUGGCUCAAAGAAAUGGGGACUGAGGUAAUUGAAGAAGAGGGGCCUGAAUUCCCUAAUGACGACUGGAGAAAAAAAUUGAUAAUCGAAUUCAAACACGAUUUCCAUUGUCAAUUCUUCUUCUGCAUGUGCUUGUGCUCGUGCUCUUUCGGGAUUAUCUGGCUCAUGAUGUUCUGGAGAUGUGGAAAGGGUGGAUACGACACAAGAGUCUUCACAGCCCCUUGGCGAAUUAUCCCUCCAGCUUUGAUAUUUCAUCUGAUUGUUGCACCGAUUGUCAUCGGCGUUGUCCAUAAUUUCGUGUAUGGAUACUGGAGUUUCACAAAAAAUUUAAAGACUGUUGCUGCAACGUACAUGAAUGCCACAGAAAUGGCUAAAUUCGAGAGACACUGUGAAAUUGUUUCCUAUUAUCUGGAAGUAUACGACAUCAACAGAUAUAAUGUGUGUCAUGUUUACACUGCAAUCCAGAUAUUCUCGUGGAUGAUGGCCUGGAGUUGGUUCCUUAUCCUGGGGAUUCUCUCAUUACGUGUAAUUGUAGCGACUGAUUUUCGAUUGCUCAUAACUACAGUUUACAAAAUACCAAAGCCUGAGAAUUCUGGAGAUCCAGGAGCUACAGGGGAAAAAAUGAAAGAGACCCUGGAGCCAUCAGCUGUGAAAAAUAGAAUGAAGAAAAUUACUUUCUCAAUUCCAGAGCGAGGAACUCAUCAAUCUAACCAAUCAACACUUGUCGUUUAA